AGUAGAAGAAGAAUGUUAGUGCUGACAGUUUCCGGGUCGAUUCGGAUUAGAUGACGUUCCUGUUGGACUGUUUGCUCAAACUCACCGACAGACGGUAAGAACCGAACCUUAGAACCGAACUUUAGGGUCCAGUCCGGUCUAAUCUGAACUCUCGGUGUUCCUCCGCGGUCACAGACUUUAAUCUGACCGUUUCUGUCCGCGUGACACCGAGCUAACCGAGCUAACGGCUAACGGCUAAGCUAACGGCUAACAUGGAGGAAAAACAGCUGAGAGAGAAAAACAAACAAACAAGCAAAGAGAGGAAAUUUAAAAAAGGGUUAAUAUUAGAGAGGAAAGGAGGGGAUGAAGAGGUCAGAGGUCAAAUAUUAUCGAGAUUUUGAUACCGAUUAAAACAGCAGAGACAAACCGAGACCAGGACCAGGUCUACAGAGGACCAGGUCUACUGAGGACCAGGUCUACAGAGGACCAGUGUUUCAGCAGCAGGACUCUUCUCCUAAACAGUAGACCUGGGCGACCGAUAUAUUUUGUCAUAUCGGCCGAUCUCGAUUAUUAUCCCGAUAUUUUUCAAACUGUCAGUUUUAAAGCAUCUGAACUAAAAACUAAAGAAACUGGAGAUGAGUUCAAGAUUUAAUUAACAUACAAAGUAAAUAAAGAAAAUUAAAUAAGAUAAACUUAGUAAAAUAUAAACUAGUUUAACUUCAAAGUGAAACAAAUGUAGAUAAAUACUGAAUAAAACAGUGAACUAGUUUAAGACCCAAAACAAACAAACCGUCCCCCUCAGAGAUAACGAAGACGCCUUUCAAUGUAAACACGAGAUAAUAUGAUCGAUUACUUUGGUCUGGUGGCUGAACUGCUUGUUGUGGCUAAACUGCUAAUACUACUCGUGCCGUCAGCAGUAACAGGCUGUACAGACUCCGCCCACAUUUUCAUGUUUUCUUAAGAUAAUCAAACAGAUCUGUUUUUGAAGCCCCGACGGCCGACAUUCCGUACACAUCGGCGUAAUCACUCAACGUCACUUUGGAGAUACCUGAACCAUCGCCACACAACCGACGAUCAAUAACUUCUCAACAAUAACAUCUUUAGAGGAUCAAUAACAUCUUUAGAGGAUCAAUAUCAUCUUCAGAGGAUCAAUAACAUCUUUAGAGGAUCAAUAACAUCUUCAGAGGAUCAAUAACACCUUUAGAGGAUCAAUAACAUCUUCAGAGGAGGACUCAGAGUCACGGCUGACAUCGAUUCUGCUGCCUUCAGCUCCACGUUCGGUGACUCUGUUUACUUCCUGUUUACUUCUCCGGUUACUUACAGAAGUGAGCAGGAAAAGCUCGACUCUGAUUGGCUGUUGUGACGCACAUUUCCACCAUGAUUGACAGCUGAUCACUGUGAUCGAACUGAAAUUGAUCACGAUCAUAUAGUCACCCAGUCCUCCUACAGAGCCAUGCUGAUGUCAGAAUCUGGUUCUGGAUCAUCUGAAGGUCUCCUCUGAAGAAGUCCUGGUCUGGAUGGACGCAGAUGUUGCUCCUAAACCUGGAGAUGCAGCAUCUAUGAUCUACAGUUCUAUGUUGGAAGGACAUCUGGACUAAGUUAAGACUAGGACUGGGCGAUUAUAUGAUCGUGAAAAACCGAAUCUUAUUCUCCGCAUUUAUUUCUGAAAAUAUCGGCGAAAAUUGGCGAGUUUUGGCCGAUUAGUCUCAAACGAGCUAAAAUUGACCGAUUUAAUCGGUCGGGCCCUAGAAGAUACCCAGGACAUGGACUCUGGUGAUCCCCAGACCAUCAGGGAUGCUGGACUUGGACUGGGAGCUGAGAGGAAGUCUGGGAGGAGAAGGAGGAGGAGACUUCAUCUCUGGUUUUAGAGAAGAAUGACGAACUUCCAUCUUCUCUAACAUCGAGUUAAAGUCCGUCUGCUGAACCUUCAAGAGCUCAGAGAGUCUCUGCUGGUUCUGGAUCUGGUCUCUAUCUGGUCUCCUCUGUUCCUGGUUCUGUUUGGACCUCAUGACCCGUGUUCACAGUUUUUGAAGUGAUUCCCACUCCAGAGUCGUGUCUCUUCUUCUUGUUGCUAUAGUAACCGUCUGUGUGUGUGUGUGUGUCCCUGAGUGUGUUGUUGUUGUGUGUUCAGAUGUUCUAAUUCACACAUGCCCCUCCCCCCACAGAGGGAGUGUGUCUGCGGCGCUCUGGAACCUUUACCUGUCAGCUGACCUGCUGACUCACUGAGCGCGCUCAGUCGGGGGGUUCCCCUCCACACACACAGACAGAGAUCUCACUUCACACACACACACAGUAAGUCCACACACACACACACACACACACACACACACACACACACUGUCCAAUCACUGGUCUCCUGUCAGAUCAUGUGACCCGGUUUUGGUUCUGUUGCAGGAUCAGCUCAGACCGCCAUCAUGGUGUUAGCCGACCUGGGGAGGAAGAUCACCUCGGCGCUGAGGUCACUCAGCAACGCCACCAUCAUCAAUGAAGAGGUAACGCCCACUGAGGUCACAUGACAGGA